AGUUGCCGUUAGCCAUUCUUCUGCACUUUGUGACGAAAAGUGUGAAUUGACUUGUUAAUACUAUUUAAAGGAAUUGAAAACGCAUUUAACAAGUCAGAGAGGCUUUUUUUUUCGAUAAAAACUGACAAAUAGUAGCAAACUGAGUCUCAUAAGAUUGAACGUCUAUAACAUCUGUAAUCAAUUAAUCGGAGUUUUUAUAAUUACAAUUUGAAUCUUUCAAGUCUCAAUAAUUAUUAUGGGACGAGCUGAAGCUGGUACCCCAAAGGCUAUAUCGAAUGCUCUUAAAAGCAAAGGAUUGCAGCGUUUACGCUGGUAUUGUUCUGCUUGCCAGAAACAAAUGAGAGAUGAGAAUGGAUUCAAAUGCCAUACGCAAAGUGAAGGUCAUAUUCGAAGGAUGACUUUAAUUGCUGAGAAUCCCGGCAAACACAUUCAAGAUUUUUCCAACCAAUUUUUGCGGGAUUUCGUUACGCUUCUCCGGACCGCUCAUGGAGAGAAAAAAGUUCAAUUUAAUAAAUUUUAUCAAGAGUAUAUUCGAGAUAAGCAACAUGUACAUAUGAACGCGACUCGCUGGCAUACUCUAACAGAGUUCUGCAAGUUUUUGGGUCGACAGAGCAUUUGUCGUGUGGAAGAAACGGAAAAAGGGUUUUUUAUUUCCUAUAUAGAUAAAAAUCCAGAGGCUCUUCGUCGAGCUGAAGCUAAUCGAAAGAGAGAACUUCAAGAAAAGUCUGAUGAGGAGACUCAUUUACGAUUAUUAAACGAACAAAUUCAACGAGCAAAGGAAGCUUACACUAUGCAACAUGCAGACGAAGAGAACAAAUCUAUAAGUCAUGAACUACAACGACCUGAAAACCAAGGCGUUCAACUACAAUUGUCUUCAUCUACCCCUUCUACGAAUGAAAAGCCUUUUUCGGAAAAUAAUUUGUCGGAUACUUCCUCCCUCUCUCCAAAACUAGCAGCUCCUACAAGCUCCUCGUCAAAACCGCUUUUUUCAGUGCCUUCUAAACCGAGAUCAAAAAAUGUGUUUGCAACGUUGGACAAGUCUCGAAAAAAGACAUUAGAGCCUUCUGCAAAUAGAAAACAAAAAGAUGCUGAUACCAAACGUCCCCGGUCAGCAAUGGAAGAAAUCAUUAUACAAGAGACUGCACGAGAGAAGCGAAGACAUGUUUCUACUUAAGGAUGUACAGGACAUUUUUUAAACGUCUCUUUUGUUUGCAACUGGUAGCUUAGGGUUUAUAUUUAUUCUUUAGAUUAAUGUACAGUAGUAGUGGUUGAUAUAACGAUUAUUUAUGUCAACAAGUUAAUAAUGAAAUUCAAAAAGAUGAACAGAUACUUGGAUACGUAUAAUGCCUUGUAUGACAAGCAAUGUGGAAUGUUAG